GACGCAGGCGGUGGGAGGCGAUUGCGAGCGACAGGGGAAAAAGCCCACGACAUCCACGAAUGAGUUGAAAAUUUUCGCGAAACCAAAAAGUUAAAAAUAAAUGUUUACUGUGCUUGUGUUUAACGUUAAAAUGGAGGACAAAAGCUAAAAGAGAAAACUGCAAUUGCCCCCGUACCCGCACCCGAAUUCAACAAAGUGUUAAAUCUCCUCUGCAUCCUAAAUGUCUACAACAUAGCAAUCUCAAACGAAUCAACCAAAAUCCUACACACACAGCCACUGAACCAGCAGCACAAGUUCAAACAAUCAUCGGGAAAUCAUCAAAGCGACGUGAAGAAACCCACAGAACAGACACAGAAACCCCAUCUUCUCCUGGCACUUUUCAGCGGGAGAGGCUCUGUAUCGUUAGGUGUAGCCCUGCUGCUAUAUAAUGAGUCGACAUGAAGGUGUCAGCUGCGAUUCAUGUCUCAAGAGCAAUUUCAAUGGACGCCGCUACAAGUGCUUAAUCUGCUAUGAUUACGAUCUAUGCGCCGAAUGCUAUGAGGAAGGCGUCACCUCCACUCGCCAUCUGGUCGAGCAUCCCAUGCAGUGCAUACUCACCCGCUCCGAUAUCGAGCUAUAUUUCGGCGGUGAGAUGCUAACAUCGGAUCAGCCGCAAAGCUUCACGUGUCCCUACUGCAAGAAGAUGGGCUUCAGCGAUGCCACGCUGCUGGAGCAUGUCUCUGCCGAGCAUUCGGAGACCAGUCUCGAGGUGGUCUGUCCGGUCUGUGCCGGCCUACCGGGCGGUGAGCCGAAUCUAGUCACAGAUGACUUUGCCGGUCAUCUAACAUUGGAGCAUCGGCAGGGACCACGCGAGCUAAUAUCCUUUCUGUACGAUGAGCCCUCUGCCAUUCGUCAUGGUGGUGGAGUGCGUCGCAUCCCUGGACGCACUCUCGGCGGACCGCGAACGCGUCGUUCCAAUAUGCACUUCAGCUCGUCGAGCGGUCUGUCGGCCUUGUCGCCCUCGGGUCGGGAAUCGGUUGAUCCCAUUGCGGAAUUGCUCUCUCAGCUAUCCGGCGUUAGACGCGGCGGCCCGCCUACGUCGCAAUUGCAGCAGCUACAGAUGCAGAUGCAGUUGGACAGACAGCAGGUGACGGCAUCGCGCCAAAUCGAUCGGCUGCCAAGGCGUGCGCAUCCCAUAGUCUCAACAUCGAAUUCGAAUGCCGCCAUGGCCGAGGUGAUCAGCGGCGGCAGUGUCGCAGUUGGUAGUGGCAGCAGCAACAGCGGCAGUGGUGUGACCGCACCGCCCAACCUGCGCACCACCGAGUGGCCGGUGACAGCGAGCUUCUCAACAUCGGCCAGCAAUCAUCAGCAGACUCAGUCGAGUCUGGCCGCCAAUAGCCUCAAUGCCAGAGAAGCGGUCGGCACUAGCAGCAGCUCAAACAAUGCCCUCGGAAUUAGUGUGGGCGUCGGUGGUGCGCCCAAUGGAAACGGCGCAAACGGAGCCACUGGCCAGGCGGCUGGUCAGGGCUCGGCAGCUGGCGAGGCUUUGUUGUUGGCCCAAUUCAUGCAGCCCACACUCACAGAGGCUGAGUGGGCGAAUGUGGAGCGCAAGCGGGCAGAUCGCUCGAUGUUUGUGCAGUCGCUGCUGCUGUCGAUGCUCUGCACAGAGGCCCUGGACUUGAAUGCGUCCAAUGAAAGCAUCGAUGGCAUGGCCAAGAGUGAUAAUGUAAAUAAGGGGCAACAACAGCAACAGCAACAACAACAGCAGCAGCAGCAGGAGGAGGAGGACACUCUGCUGAACAACAAUGCUGAUGUGGAGCAGCAGGCACAGCCCGCGAUGGUGCGACAGGUGAAUCAAAUGCAACAGACCUCGCCCGAGGACUUCGUUUGCGAUGAGUAUCGCUAUAAAAACAAAAAGGCCAAUACAACACAAACAAGUGGCACAGGAGGAGGCGUCGUCGGAGGAGGUUCAAAUGCAGCCGCUGGGGGUGCGGUUGGCGGAGCUGGCAGUAAGCCAACAGCUGAUAGAGGCAUCGAAAGACGCGGCCGUCCCCCACCAGUAGAGAUGGCCACGGGCUCCCAGCCGCCACAGCAGCAGCAGCAACAGCAGCAGCAGCAGUCCACGCCGGCAGCUUCCCAGCAGAAAUACAAACAGAAUGCAAAUGCGGCGUCAAACACAAAUCAAAUUCCCGACACUAGGUAGUGCCUCUGAUGAUCGAUAACCACAGCAAAGAUGCAUCAGCAACACCUGCAUGUAGCUGCAGCAGCCACAAAAUAACAAAAAACAAAUCUAUCACCAACACCACCAGAAGAAGAACCACAGCAACAGCAACAAGAACUACAACAAGAAACACAGCCGUAUAUGUAACAACAACAACAAACAACAACCAAUAUUAGUAGGGUGAGGAGAGUAGUGCUGCUGCUCCCUGGAGGGAUACCUGGAGUUCAAGGAGUUCCCGGGAGUUCCGAUUCAUCUCUAGCAGCUGCCGCCGCAGCAAUUUCGUCAAAAGGAAAACUAUAUUAUGUAUCGUUUAUUAAA